AUGAUGUUUAGGAUUCUAAAUGCGACAGACAAGUUGUGGACCUCACUUGACUCCUCGCGAGACCAAAUCUAUAAAAAUGAAAUUGCAAUAGCCUACAGUGAACUUACCGAAGAAGAUAAAAAGAAAUACGACGCGCUGGUGGAAGGGGUUUUCAAAGACAAGUUUCUAAAUCCAGAAAGGUUUAAAUUGGAGCAAGCAAGAAGUGAAUAUCGAUGCCCUGCUUGCCAAAAUGACGCUCAUGAGCAGAUUGUAGUCAGCAAAUCUGCUUGGGCUGAAAGCCUUGUCAGGAUAGUGUUUCUGCUUUUAUCGUUCUAUACCGCACACACCUUUUCACAGGGGUUGAUUUUACCACUUUUUGUCAUACUGUACGGCUUACUGUUUAUCUGUAGUCCGUUAUUGUAG